AUGUCCUCUGGAGAAUCUGGAAAACCAAGCCCUUCAAGUUUACCCUGGCAACCCUCCUCGUCAUCAAGCUCAGUUUUGGGUGGCAGUCAACUGUCAUCAUCAGCAACAUCCACCCAGUCAUUUUGGAUAGCUCAAGGCCUACCCCACGGCGAACCUCUACCCUUUGUCACCAAAAGCGCCACAUCAGCAUGCGCAAAAACGGCCGACGAGCUACCGGCACAAAAUAACUUUUAUCCAAAGCGCCAUCUAAACAAGGAAGGGGCAUUCCCUCCAGGAUCCUAUAAGCCAGGUGAUCUUCGAGAAGUUCCCAUUCGUCCUAAUAAUGGGGAUUUUAACAAAUAUGCAAAACAUCAACAAGGCGUUGGAAGGGUCAUUGCAGUGAAAGGAGAACACAAAAACCAUAUAUUUGCUUUUCAUGACAUCCGGAAGGGAGAAUCUGGAAACAAUUAUCGACCUGCAGAGUUUUCCUCACGGAGCGAAGCAGAGAGAAAGGACAAGGAAGCCCGCGAGGAAGCCAUGAAAGUCGAGGAAGUGAAUGAAGCAUGGAAGCUAAACCUUGGAGCAAUGAAAAUCACCUAG